UUGCUUAGUUGGACAGCAAAACAGUAGUCGUUCUACAAUAUAUCAGUCCACAUAUAAUCACUGAGACAUAGAGGACAUUGCCACUUGAAAACAGUCGAACUCUACAUAGAUGCAGAAUUAGGUUUUCCAAAGCCACAAUGGGAUCGCUUGAAAAUGACAUCAAUCAAGAUUUUCAGGAUGCAAUUGAUGUAAUUCAGCGUCACUCUCAGAUACGACACUUUGACAACGAAAACAAAUACUAUGAGAAUUUGGAAAGCCAACAGUCCUCUGUGAGACAUGCCAUCUCGUACUAUCAGUUCACACCUCAUUUCGAGCCUCCAGGACCUGUGUAUGACUGGAAUGAAUCCUCAUCAUGGUCUCACAUUGUGCCAGAUGUGUCUGUGGGACCAUUGUGUUCUGCUGAGUCUUCAGCGUUUUACUCAAACUUACCACCGCGCCAUGGAAAAGGUCGUAAGAAGUUACGCUUAUAUGAGUAUCUGCACGAGGCUCUUCACGACGACAACAUGGGCGACUCCAUCCAGUGGACGGACAGAGGGAGCGGGAUCUUCCACUUUAUCUCAAAAAAUAAAGAAAAACUGGCCGAAUGCUGGGGUCAACGCAAGGGUAACCGCAAAACCAUGACCUACCAGAAAAUGGCACGCGCACUUCGCAACUACAGCCGCACGGGUGAGAUCGUGAAAGUGCGUCGCAAGCUCACCUAUCAGUUUAAUCCAGCUAUUCUGCAGAGAUUGAGUUCACUGUCAGGCUACAUCUCAGGCCCUCCGUCCAGAGACGUGGCCCUUCAUCAGCAAAGCUCUGGUGAGCACGUCUACUACAGCUCUCCUCUACCGGACUGCCAUUACUGGUACGGCCAGUACUCAUAUCAGGGCGAGUAUGAUCUGGCUACUGUACUGACGAUGCACGAGGACCCCAAAAUAGGCGUUUCAGCCCAGUGAUUCUCAAAAGAGCCCUGUCAUUCCACGAUUUCUGAAAUUUCUUUCUUUUACAAAGGAGAUUGUUUGACAUCUUGACAUAUAGUAAAACUGUACAAAAACGCCUACAGUGCAUUAGUGCAUUAGAAAUGAGUGCAUGCAUGUAAAUAGAAUGAUAUACUGUUCAACAUUUUGAAAUCUGCAAGAAAAGAUUUUUAAAAAUCUGUAAAAAAGGAAGGAAAUGAAUACUUUUUAUGAGCAAGGUUGCAUUAAAUUGAUCAAAAGUGACAGUAAAAACAUUCAUAAUGUUACAAAUGAUUUCUAGAUGAAAUAAAUCAAUUUUUAUUUGAAUCCUGGAAAAAUUACAUUCUAAAAUAUAUUAAAUAUACAUUAUAAAAUACAUUAAAAAGCCAAACAGUUCUUUUAAAUUGUAAUAAUAUUUUACAAUUUUACUGUUUUUAUUUAAUCAAAUAAAUGCGACCCUGAAAAGAUAAGUGCCUUCUUUCUAAAAAAAGUUAAUGCAGUGAAUAUGUACAGUAGCCCUAAAAAGCAUUUGGACACUCAAAAUAUAAAUGUAUUUGCAUUAAGAAAUAUCAACGCAAAUAACAUUUCCUUAACCAUGACAGAGUGAGCACUUUUUAAGCAAAACAUUUCACAAAAAAGUUUUAACAUUUUAAAAAUAUAAUAAUAAAAAAGCAGGAAAUGUUUUGAUAUUUUGUAUGCAAUUAAUCCAUAUAUUUUAGGGACAUUUUUUUGUAUGUAUGUCUGUCUGUCUGUCUUCAUAUUUAUAUCUACCUUUGUCAACAUGUUUGCAUAAGAUCAUUUGUUUUAUCGCUCAAAUAAAGUUUCCUGUCUUGAAAAUCCCAACAAAUUUGUUUGUCAAACUCUCCCUUGCAACAUGUACGCUUGAAGCCGCUGUAUAAACGUUUGCGCUGAUUUCUUUGCAAAUGCACUGGGCCAAGCUUAUCUAAUUUCACAGAGAGAAGAUUGUUUGUGACUGCUUUAUGUGUCAUAUUACAAACCGAUCUCAAAUCACCUUCCUCUUUGUAAGAUAGCGAUCAAAGACUAAUGUAGUGCUGUUGUAUAAUUUUCAUA